UAGUUAAAAGAAAAUCAGUGGGAUUUUUAGUUCAAUUAAUAUUAAUUAUUUAUUCCUUAAAUGUUAAGUGUUCAAAGUAUACAUUGGUGACCAGCUUAUACUAGCCUUUAGAAAUUCACAACAUACAUUGCGUGAAUGAGAAGUUCGUUUGUUAAAAUUUCAACUACUGUACUUAUUUAGUUAGUUAUGAGUUGAAGUUGAGAACACAUGAGCAACGUUGCACAUUGAUACAGUAUUAACUUAAUUGUUUUUGGGAAGACCUCAGUGAGCUAUUUUUUAGAGAACUAACUUAACUUAAGUUAUUUAUUCCAUAUUGUCAUUGCCAUAGCUAUUUAGGCCAAACUCAGUGAUGUUUGUUUUAAAAAAGGUUUUGAUUACAUUUUACAUUUAAGUUAAUCAGUCAUGGAAGAAGUCUCCCAAGAAAAUGAACCAAAUAUACAGACAACAGAUCAGCCUCCUGGAACUGGGUUAAAACUAUCCGGAAUAUCCGAACUUACCGAUAUAGAAGCUAUCAAGGACAGAAUAGAACAACAAAAGGCAAAUAAACUAAAAGCUGAGCAAUUGGUUAGCACACUCUCAAGAAUUAAGGCGAGAGAGAGGGCUCGUAGAAUUGCUAAAUCUGGAGAGAAGAAAACUGAUGAUGGCGGAUCUAACUCCCCAGCUAAGAGAAGCGGGACUAACUCUUCCAGCACGCUUAAGGAGAAGAGCAAUUUGCUUAAAAAGAAGCUCGAAGAAGACAGGGCGAGGUUUGAGAACAAGAAGGGCCAAGAAGAUCUGGGGCGAGUGAGUGAGAUAGUAGAACAUAUCAGAGUGCAGCUUGAAGAUCAGGACAAGACUAUACAGCAGAUGCACAGCAACUUUACCUCUCCAAAACCUCAACAUGUUGAAGAGGUAACCCCUCCAGAGCCAGAUCUCCCGCCCGAAGUGAAACAGAAAAUAGCUGACUUGGAAAUGAAGGUUCUAGAUUUACAGGAGAACUUGCGAGAGAAGGACAGUGUGAUCUCAGCUCGUACACAAGCCAUCACUCUGCUUUCGGAGGAUAUGGCUCGUAAAGGCAAGGCCACUCUGGACACGCUGGAGGAGACGAGGAGUCAGAUGAAGACAAUGCAGGCCAACUUUGUGGCUCUGGAGCAGCGUAUGGGCGAGGAGCGGACCAGGCUCAAGGAUGAAUUGGAGACCAAGAAACUUAAGCUUCAACAAUUAGAAAAGAAUUAUCGGGCGGCCGAGUCAGCCAGGUUUGAUCUCUCCACCCGAGUUGCAGAGUUGCAGGAAAAAGUUGUUGCUGUACAAACAAAGAAUGUGUCUUUGGAAGAAGAAGUUGCUGCAGCUGCUGCAAAAGCUAAAGAAUUGACUGAGGCUUUGGAAAAUAGCAACAAGCAAACGAUUAAAAUGAAGGCUCAGUUCAAGGUCAAACUUAAAGCAUUAGAAGAGGAAAGAGACCUGCUUAAAAAGGAAAAUACGAACGAGGAGAUGAACCGAUUGCGUGAACGAAUCGCAGACUUGGAGGAUGAGAAAGGUAACCUUCAGUUGCAUCUGGUAGACUUUGAUGAAAUACAAGAUGCUGGUGUUAUUCUUAAAGAAAGAAUUGCUGAAAUGGAGGAAAAGCUUCAAAGGCAAGAAAGUGAUUUGGACAGUCACAUCAAGGCUAUAACCCAGUUGGAAGCUGAAAAACUAGAUUUGAUUGAAGGAACAAAGAAAAUGGAACAAAUAUUGAAAGAUAAGGAAUCUUUAUUGGAGACACUCAAACUACAAAUUUCCCAAAUUGAAGAAUCAAAAAUAUCAGCAGAAAUGAAAUGCUUGGAACUGGAAGAAAAAAUGGACACUUUUGUGACUAAGGAAAAUGAGUCCACUUUUAUCAACUCUGAGUUAGAAAGCUCCCGACUGAAGCUUAUAGAGUUUCAAGGCAUUAUUGCUGAUUUGACUGCUAAGCUUGAAAGCAAGGAACAUACAAUACAGACCCAAAAAGCAGUUGAGUUGGAGGGUGUAUCUGAGAUUAAGAAUAUACAAAAUCUCUCUUCUAGCCUUGAAGAGUGGCAGGAAAGGUAUCGUAACCUUGAAGAAAGACUUAAUGCAACACUAGCUCACUGUGAUGAGCUAGAAAAAAUGAAAAAGAAUUUAGAAACAGAAAAUGAAAAGCUUGUUAAAGACUGUGUCUACUUCAAGGAAACCGUUGAACAGUUGAACCAAAUGCUACAAACAAAAGGUGAUUCGCCAAAUGAAGAAAUUAUUUCUUUAAAACAACUUGUUGCUCAAAAGAACAGUGAGCUUAGUAGUUUGGGCCAGCAGAGCCAAACUCUUCAAGGUGAAGUUGAUAGUUUGAGGGAAGCAUUACAGUCGACAACAGCUGAAGUUUACCGGUUGUAUGAACAAGUAGAACAGUUGAGCAACACCCAGCAGAAAGUCGAGGAGCUCAAUGAAAGUCUACAUGGCAAAGAAAAAGCACUCGAGGAAAGGACACGCAAACUGUCAGAAUAUAAAAAAUUCCAUAAACUUAAAAGUGAAGAUGUUAUCAGAAUAUCACAUGAGUUGGAAACAGUUUCUGCUUCUCUCCAACAAAGGAUUGCAGAACUUGAGGAAGACUUAAAUAAUGCUCGAAAAAUUGAAGAAACUUUAAGAAAUGAGAAUCAAAAUUUGAAAGAAAACAAAAGUUCAGGAACAGAGCCCCUUGAGAAAAAACUGGAGGAGCAAUCCCUCAAGAUGAAAAAGUUAGCUGCUAACUUGAAACUAAAAACUAAACUAGUUAAAGAUCUUGAAGCAAAGGUAGAGGAACUAGACAAAACACUUCAGCAAAAAGAUAUAGAAAUUUCAGAACUCCAUCAGCAAUUGGCUGGUACUUCACAAUUGAGUAAUGUCGUUUCAACAAAUGCUGUUGAAAUUGAAGAAAAAUGUAGGCAUUUAGUUGUUGAAUGCAACUCAUUAAAAGAGGAACUUAAAGUGAAAUCAUUGGAAUUAGAAACACUAAAGAAUUCAACAGGUUAUGCUUAUGAUCCACUGGUACAAAUAAAAGAAUUAGAAAAUCAAAACCAAAAAUUGGCAGACAUAUCAGCAACAAAAUCUGAACAGCUUAAAAAAAUGGAAUGUGAAUUAUCUGAAUUGAAUGGUCUGAAUAAGUCACUAAUGACUGAAUUAGAACAGAUGCAAGAAAACUACAAACAAGAUGCCCUGAAAAAUGUAUCUGUUCUGGAAGGUUUUGAAAAUGAGAUGAUAGGGAACAAGAGAGAAAUUUUGGAAGUAAGUGAGCAACUCAGAGAUGUGACAGCCAAGUAUCAACAAACCUGGGCAAAGUUACAAGAGAAAGAGGGCUAUGUAGAGGAAUUAGAAAACCAGUUAGAGAAGGUAAGAUUGAGGCUUUCACAGAUUGAAAGUUCUGUUGAAGAGAGAAGAAGAUCUUUAGAAGAAAAAGCAGAAUUGUUAGGAGCACGUCUUUGUCAAGCUGAGAAAAAUAACGAAGAACUUGAAAAACAUAAGGGAGAACUGGAGCAAAAGAUAUCACAUUUGUUUAGUACUGAAGAAAUGCUAGGAAGUGCUCUCGAAAGACUUCAGAGUGAAAACAAAGAGCUUUCUAUGUCUCUGAAUGAUUCAUCAACUAGUAACAUUAAAUUAUCUCAGGAUUUGGCCUGUGAGCAGAAUAAAGUUCUCGCCCUUAAUAAAGAAAUCGUUGAUUUACAGUCAAGACUAUAUACCACUGAAAAAACAGUUGAUGAUUAUGAAAAAUUGAAACUGAACUUGAAGGAACUGCAGGAUGCUCGUGAUAGUCAAGUGAAAUACUUAGAAAAUCGUUUGACUGAAACUGAACAAUCAAUGGAAAUUGAGAUACAGAGGUGUAAUGAACGUAUUGUUGCUGUGGAAUCGGAGAGGCAAGAUGUGGUUGAAAAAUAUCAGUCCUUGUGCUUGGAAAAACAAGUGUUAGAAGAAGAGUUCAACAAUAUGCAACAGACAAUUGUAGAUAUUACUAAGGAGGAAUUGGAAGAACUUAAAAAUAACCAGAAGAUUUUAGAAGAAGAACUUAAUAAAGAGUUUGACAAAAGAGAAUCUCACAUUGGAAGGAUAAAAGAGCUUGAAUCCCAACUUUCAAGUUCAAACGCAGGCACACAUUCUGUUACACAACCAAGUGAAGAAUUAAUGGAAUUAAGGAAGCAGUUAAAUGAAGAAAGGAAUGAAAACGAAAGACUGAAAUAUGAGUUACUAAAGGAGAAGGCCAGCCAACAAGUAGAUGAUGUUGUUGCCAAAGCACAGGAAACUUACUUUACUAUGGCUGAAGUCCCACUAAGUUCUAGCCAAAACAUAAUUUCAUCAAUUCAAGAGAAUGUUACAGAAGAUUCUUCAGAUUCUUCUCAAUCUCCACCAAGUUCUGAGUCUAAAAAAAUAUUAGCAAUGCAAAAUAAAAUAACCGAACUUGAAAAUCAGCUGUCCAGUGUAAACUCAGAAAACGUUACUUUGAAAACUCGUUUGCAGGAAUUAGAGGUUCAGAGUAAGAAUGUUGGUGAGAGCAAUGCCUUGUUAGAAAACGAAGAAUGGGCCUCGGGCAGCAAAGAUGAAGAUGAUGGGUGGGGUUGGGGAAGCAAAGAUGCUCUGUUAGAACAUGAGUAUAGUCAAAAACAAAAAGUUAACUCUGAGCUUGAAACUAAAGUAUCAACUCUGGAAAGCAGAUUGAGAGACCAAGAAUUGGAAAAUAUCAGAUUAAAUGAUGAACUAAAAGCUGCUCAAACAAAAUGCACAAAACUAUUUAAGAAAGUUAAAGAAUUCAAGAAUAAAAGUGACAGUUUAGAAAGAAGCAGCCGGGAAAGAAGUGUUGGAUUUGAUGAUUUGGAUAUUGCAAUGCAAGAAGAGAUGAAAUCCCAAAUUGAAAAGUUAGAAAAGAGUCUCAAAGAAUGCACUAGUAAUCUUAACUCCUUGCAAACAGAAAGAGAAGGGCUAUUGAAAAGAAUUGAUACAUUGACAUCUGGAAACGAAAGGCUUAUAGAAAUGAAAGAAAGGCAAGAUAUAGAAGUAGAAAUGUGGCAAAGAAGAAGUAAUGACCUACAACAUAAAGUUCAGGGAUUGGAGUGGACGAUUGCAGAGUUGCAGGAACAAACAGACACAAGGACAAAGGAAAACAUUGAUGUAGAUAAAGAUAAUGCAGGCACAAAUGCGUCAGAAAUGGAGGAAAAGCUAAAUACUCUAGCAGCUGAAAAUGAUUAUCUUCAAUCAUUGCUUGUUGAACUGAAGGAUAAGGAGAAGAAACAACAGAAAGAUCUACUUCCUGUUACUGAAGGAACAGAAUUUGAGAAGUUAAAAGAGGACAAUGAAAGAUUGAAUAGUUUAGUGCAAUCACUGGAAAAACAGUUGAUAACUGAGACAGAAAACACAAAUAUUAGUGGUUAUCUUAGUAAGAUUGAAAAUCUUGCACAAGAGAACAGUAGGCUAUCUUCUGCUUUGGAGAAUUUAACAAUUAAAUCCCAAUCAAGUUUUGCUGAUUAUGAAAAUUUUCAAGUUGUUGAACAGACAUUAGAAAGUGAUAAACUUAUAUCUGAAGUAUCGAUGCUAAAAAACAAAAUAAUUCAGCUAAUGAAUAAAUAUGACGAUGUGAAAACAGAGAUAAACAAUGAUACCAUGUUGAAUACUUACUUAGGGCUAUUUAAAGGAAAUGAGGAAAGUAGUUCAAAUAAUUUGGAGUCAUUUUCUACCAAUGUCGAAAGUCCAGUUCUGUUUAGAGGAUUUACUUCUUCAGGUAAUGACGUGUUUGAAGAAAUAGCUGGAGUAAAUGCAUUUUUUGAAAGUCAGCCAAGUAAGCAAACUGAAAAGAAUGAAAAUGCAUCAGUGUUCAAUGAGAGUAAUUUGGUUGAAGGAACUACGCUGCAUAGUCCUCAAUCUAAAGCAAGUGGUGCUGAAGCUGACAUUAAUCAACAUCAACCUCUUUCCCAUCUACUUGUAGAACCUCCAAAAGGUGAUACUCUUACAGAAAUAACAAAUCUUAAAAAGAUUUUGGAGUUAAAAGAUUUGGAGUUUGCAUCUCUCAUAGAACGUAUGUCUCUAUUGGAGAAAGAAAACUCGAAUCUGAAAAAUAAAAUUGAAGAAGGGAAUUCAAAUAAAACCUUUUGGGGUGAAGAUUCCAAGGCACAAUCUGAAUUAUUAGAUCAGCAAUGGGGUGAGGAUUUAUCAUCUCUUUACAAGCAGUUGGAAGAAAAAGAUUCUAUAAUCAGUAAUCUAAAGACUCAAUUUAGUUCUCAGACAAGUGAUUUGUUUGAUGCAAAAAACACAGAUGACCCAAACAGUUUUGAGGAUGGGUCAUUCAGCAAUGUUUUUUCACAAUCCGAAGAUGUUCAAGAAAGCAAAAUAAAUCAAUUUGUUGAACAAAUCACACAGCUCACAAAAAUUUUGCACGAUAAGGAGAUUGAAGUAGAAACACUGACAGAUAAAAAAAACAAAUACAAGGAAAUGUAUUUCACAUUGAUAAAGGACGAAGAUAAUCAAUCGCAGGAUGUAUCAAGUUCUGGUAAAGAUCAGCUUUUGGACCAAAACGUAAUAUUAAAUCAGUUACUGGAUGACAAAGAAUCCGAGUUGGAAAUAAUGACUCAACAAAUUGAUCAAACAUUGUCAGCUAAGGAGAAUUUACAAGAAGAAUUGUCAUUAAAACUGUCUGAAAUGGAAGCAGUAAACAAGUCGUACUCUAUUCAACAAUUUCCAGAAGACGUAUUUGUUCAAUCUUUACAACCAGAAAAUAUUGAAGAUGUCAGAACAUUAUGUGCUGAAGUUGCUGAGUUGAAUAAACUGCUUCAAGAAAGGGAGUCUGAAGUUGAAAUUCUGAAACAACAGCUUGAUGAGGCUAAGUUAGAGAAAGAAAACCUUCUUGAUGAGUGGAAAAAGGAACUAGAAAUGUAUAAAGAAAAGAGUAAUAACGCCUUAGCUAACGAAGAAGUAAUGAGAAAAGAGUUGGACGCUUUUAAAGAUGGUAUUGUGGCAGAUAUUGAGAAACAGUAUAAAGAUGAAUUGUCUUUGAAAGACCAACAAUUGAUGAAUGCCAUAAAUGAUUUAAGAAAUACACACAGUUAUUGUAAAGAUUUACAAGACAAAAUUAAUGAUCUAGAAAACAAAUUACAGUUAUCUAGUCAGCAGAAUGAAUUAUUUACCCAAGAGAUAAAUAACUACAAACAUACUCAGGACUCUUUGCUGUCAUUACUUCAAGAACCAAAUGACAGGCUGGAUAUAAAUUUGCCAGAAAGAGUUCAGAGGCUUCAAAAUAACUUAUCAGAACUAAGUGUGAAGUUUGAAGAAGCUAGAGGGGAGCUUAAAGAAAAAGAAAAACAAAUUUGUUUGUUGAGGGAUAAAGUUAAAUUUUCUGAAAGUGUAAGUUCUGAAGAUGGAAUUGUAACUGAGAAUCAGCCUCGACAAACACAUAUUCAAGCUAGGGCCUUUGCAACCGAGCCCUUCAGGAUUUCAACUGAGCAAAGCUCGAGUGAUGAUGACAGUAGUUACAGAAAUGUGGAGCAUAUGCAGAACCAAAUGCUUGUAAAAGAGAUAGAAUCGCUAAAACAGGUGUUGGCCAUGAAAGAUAAUGAAAUCACAAGACUCUCAAUAAAACUUAAUGAAGCUGACGAAAACUUAAUCAGAGGAGAAAUGAGGUUUAUUAACUCAGAAGAGGAGAUUUUGAGACUGCGUCUUGAUGAAGCUUUGUAUACGCUUCAUUUAAGAGACGUGCGCUGCGAUGAACUUGCUCUAGAACUUAUGCAGCUGCUGGAGGAAAGGGAUUCACUGCAAUUGAGGCUUUCUGAUGCAAUCCGCUUCAACGAAGAGUUGCGAGCCAAGUCCUCUCUACUUGAUGAAACAGCCUUUAAAAUGGAAGGAGAGCUUGCUUCCCCACCACCUCAGUCAGACGAUCCAUCCAGUCAUCAGCUAAAACAGAAGCUGGACCAGUUGCACAACGUAGGUUAUCGCAGAGACCCGGCCAUGCAGCAGGAUCAACAGAGAAGACAUCAGGAACAGAUGCAUCUCUACACACAACCCCAACCUCAGGACGACUCCCAGUCAUCUGGAGGAUUUUUCAGUUGGAUAUUUGGAAGCAGCUCCUCUGGUCCGCAGGAUAUCUGAUCUUCUACUGUAUUCCAUUCUCGUAAACUCCAGUAGUUUGUAGAGAAAUAUAUAAACAAACACUUUUGUUAUUGAGCUUACAAACUGUAUGUUCUCAAUUGAAAGGGUCAAUAUGUGCAUUAACUUGAGUUUCACCUUUGACUAUGGAGAGUAUUAGACAUCCCAUUCCUAUAUAAAAGUUGUUGUCAGUAUUACAGUUGAAUUAAAAUGUUUGAGUUGAAUUGGUCGUGCUGCUACCAAUUACUGAUUUCUGCUGCAUAUACCAACUUUGUCAAACUGAAAAGACAACUUAUUGUAAACUAAUUUUCUGUCACAAAAAUUACCAAAAAAAAAUAAUAAUAUAAGACAGUCUGUGAGCAGCUCAUAUAACUAUGUUCCAUUUCAAUGGAAAGUUGGGUACGGCUGGUUCAUAUAUUUUAUUUUGCUUGUUUUUUACGCCAAAGGAAACGGUCCAAACCCUAGUCUUGUUACUAGGGUCUAGAAAAUAUCUUUCUAGGAAACGAACCAGCGACCCUCAGAUUUGAAGUCGAGCACUAUAACCACUCGGCUACCCAGACAAAUUCAAAUUACAAUAUAGAUGGGAUAUCUUCUACCUUAUAUCCUAAAGUCACCACAAUAACAGCCAUUGCUCUUUGAAUUUUAAGACAGUUUUGUUUUUAUACUAACAUUCCAGAUAUUUAAAAAAACUCGUUCAAACUUUUUACUAAACUGAAAUUUCAAUCCUUUUCAAACUGUCUUGCUGUUUCAAUUAUUUGAAUGGUAUCAAAAGGUGCUGCAAAACCUAAAGCCUAAAUAAAUAUGAAGUAUUUUUUACAAGUUAUGUUCUUGUGUUUUUGGAUUUUUAUGUGAAUGUUUACAGGGAAAAGUUUAAUAGGGUUUUUUUAUGAUUGCACCGCUUUAUUAAUUUGUGUGAAUAAAUGUUUUUAAGAGCUUGGGUGUUGUGAUUGAAACUGUUGAAACUAAUUGUAAAAAAUGUAAAAUAAAAUAAACUGUGCAGAAUGUAGAAUAUAAAAGCUACAAAUCGUAUUUGUAGAUGUGUAUUUUUAAUCAAUAAAAGUGUUAGUGCAGUA